AUGAGAAGGCAAAUUUCCAACGAUCGUGACUGGGUAAUUAUUAAACUAAAGAAGUCAGAUAAACAACUAUCGAGAACAUCACAAGCAGUCAAUUUAGAUCAUAUUUUAAAUGAUAAAGUAAUAUCCGAUCAUAUAGAUAAUAACAAUAGCAAAACAAAGACAACUGAUAAUAACAACAUAGAAUCAAUAGAACUAAAUAAAAAUAAUAUAAUAACAACAACAGCAUCUAAAAGACUUAGUAGUAGUAAUAGUAAUAGUAAUAAUAGCAGUAGUGUCGGUACUAAUAUAAAUAAGAGAAAUAGUGUAUCAAUAACAACACCGAGUUCAUCAAUACCAACACCGACAUCAACAACAAAUUGUAGUAAUAAUAGAAGAUCUUUAACACUUGAAAGACAAAAUUCAAUUAAUAAUAAUAUAAAUAAUAAUAGCACUAAUAAUAAUAGUAAUAAUAGUAAUAGUAAUAAUAAUAAUCUACAAGUAGAAAAUAAUAUGUCUGAGAUUCAAAAAGGUAGGCACUUUAUUGAAGAAGGCAAACUAAAGGAUGAGAAAGGUGAAUACGAUAAAGCAUUACAAUAUUAUACCGAUGGUAUUGAGAAGUUGAUACCUUUAUGUAAAAGUUCAAAAGAAUUAAAGAAUUAUGUAAUGUUUUAUAUGGAUAGAGCAGAGUAUUUGAAAUCGGAAUUGUCAAAAUCAACAAGUUUCACUUUGAUCGAACCAUUCAAUAUAUUUGUACAGAAAAAUGUAAAUUCAACAACAUCAACGACAACAACGACAUCAUCAUCAUCAUCGACUAGUAGUUCGAGUGCAAACAGUAAACCAUCAUUCUUUUCAUCUUGGUUUGGUGGUGGUAGUUCCAAUAAUAGUACUGCCACUGCAUCUUCAUCCGCAGCCAAGAAGAAACAACCUGAUAUAAUAGAUUUAACAACCACAACAACAGCAACUCCUACACCUUUAUCGAAAUCAACAGCAUCAACAACAACAUCAACAAACAGAUUAAAUUCAAAUCUUUCAAAUUCAUUAAGGUUGACACCAUCUUCAUCUUUAUCAACUGUUAACAAAUCAUCAUCAUCAACAUCGUCGUCGUCAUCAGGAAUAUUAAGUAAAACAUUCACAGGAAUAACAGGUUCAAAAUCAAGUAAUUCACCUUUAAGAUCAACAACAUCGACAACAACAACAACUCAGCAACAACCGAUUCCAGGACAAAUACCAGAUAUUAAAGGUGUUGAUAAAGCAGCUCUACAAAUCAUUAUGAACGAGAUUAUCGAUACUAAACAUCCGGUGACAUGGGACGAUGUUGUUGGACUUGACAAGGUUAAGCAAUCGCUGAUGGAAGCUGUCAUCCUUCCGAACCUCAGACCCGACGUCUUUGUAGGAUUGCGUUCACCUCCCAAGGGUUUGUUGCUAUUCGGUCCGCCAGGCAAUGGAAAGACAAUGAUUGCCAAAGCGGUUGCCUACGAAUCAAAGGCGACAUUCUUCUCCAUAUCUGCAUCGUCUCUCACCUCCAAGUAUGUUGGUGAAGGUGAGAAGUUGGUUCGUGCACUGUUUGCGGUGGCCGGCUACUACCAACCCUCGAUUAUCUUUAUUGAUGAAGUCGACUCGUUGCUCACCGAGCGUUCCGAAGGUGAAUCGGACCACACUCGUCGACUGAAAACCGAGAUUCUCAUACAAUUCGAUGGUGUUAAAACGAAUGGAGCCGAGCGUAUCUUGGUGAUGGGAGCGACCAAUCGACCGGAGGAGUUGGACGAAGCUGCACUGCGACGUUUUGUCAAGCGUAUCUACGUUGGACUGCCAGAGAAAUCGACACGUCUCGAUAUCCUGAAGCAUCUACUCAGGGAUCAGAAUCACAAUCUGACAAAUUCACAGAUGAGUGCUAUUGCCGAUGCCACCAGUGGCUACAGUGCAUUCGAUCUCAAUGCACUCUGUAAGGACGCCGCCUACGAACCGAUACGUCAACUGGGCAUGGAAAUCAAAGAUCUCAAGCUCAAUCAGAUUCGACCAAUCUCCUGUAAAGACUUUAAAAAUUCACUCAAACAAAUAAGAGCAUCCGUUUCACAAGAUAGUUUAACUGGCUAUGAACAGUGGAAUAUGACUUUUGGUACAAUAUAA